AUGGAUGAAAUAAAAAAGGCCCUAACCGAGGCCGACCCAUUUGCCAGUUGGUGGCCAUUCAUAAUAGCCGGCAUCGUGUUCGUGAUCGGCACUGUCAGGACGUACAUGGGUGGACAGCCCUGCCCGAAUGGGAACACCAUCCCGGAACGUGUAGUCGUGGUGACGGGAGCGUCCGGAGGCAUCGGACGUGAGGUAUGCCGAGAGUUGGCACGGCGGAAGGCGAGAUGUUUGGUUCUGGCCUGCCGCAGCACCGAGCAGGGUGAUGCGUUACGAGAGCUGCUCCACCGAGAAGCGCCCGACUGUACGUGUGAGGUGUUCGUGCUGGAUCUACGCUCAUUCGACAGCGUGCGGAGAUUUGUGCGGCAGGUACAGGCGCACCAUCCGACGGUGGAUGCGCUGGUAAACUGUGCCGGAGUAAUUUUCCAACCGGGCGGACGCACCGUGGACGGAUACGAGCAACAUCUGCAGUGUAACUUCCUGUCUCACUUCUUGCUAACGCAACUGCUUCGACCCCAACUGGUUCGGUCGCAGUACGGUGGCCGCGUGGUGAACGUAUCCGCCCAUGGGUACACUGCCGCCAAGAUCGUCGAUCGUGACGACCCACUCAAUGUACGUCAGCUUACGCAGAGCGGACGGGAUGCUUUCGCCCACUCAAAACUGGCCAUCGUGCUGGCGAGCAGAGUUCUGGCCAGGAAGCUCCAGGCAGAGGGGCAUCAAACCACCGUCAACUGCUGCUCACCGGGGUUGGUCCGAGGUACCGGACAUCUGCGGCACUCCCCCAUCAUGAAGGCACUAUUCGCGAAGGUGCUCACCUUUCCCUGGAUGUGGCUGUUCAUGAGGAGUCCGGCACAGGGCGCACACACCAUCGUUCGCCUAGUAACGGACCCAGAACUGGCCAGCUGCAACGGAGACUUUUUCAAUGAUUGUGAGCGUGUGGAGAUGUCAGACCUGGCGAAAGAUGACGAGUUGGCCGAACGGUUGUACCACGCUUCGCUCAGUGCGGUUGGGCUGAGUGAGACUUCCUCGCAGCAGCAUAUCAAGGGCAAGAAGAAUUAG